GCUCCCAGUCCCAACUGGUGUGUGCUCCUCACUGCCCCCUGCAGGACGGCCCCGCCACGGUGCUGACGGCCGUGAAGAAGAAGGUGAAGAACGUCGGCAUCUUCCUCAAGAACGAGGAUGAGGACGAGGAGGAGCCCGACAAGGACGCGGCCGAGGACCUGCUGGGCCGGAGCUCCCGCGCCGCUCUGCUCACCGAGAGAACCCGGAACGAGCUGACGGCGGAGGAGAAGCGCCGCGCCCACCAGAAGGAGUUGGCCACCCAACUCAACGAGGACGCCCGGCGCCGCCUCACCGAGCAGCGCGGCGAGCAGCAGACCCAAAAGGCGCGGAAGUCGAACGUGUCGUACAAGAGCGCGGCGCUGCUGCCCAAGGAGCCGCACGUGCGCGAGAUGAAGAUCUACAUCGACAAGAAGUACGAGAGCGUCAUCAUGCCCGUCUUCGGCAUCGCCACGCCCUUCCACAUCGCCACCAUCAAGAACAUCAGCAUGUCCGUGGAGGGCGACUACACCUACCUGCGCAUCAACUUCUUCUGCCCCGGCAGCGCCCUGGGCAGGAACGAGGGCAACAUCUUCCCCAACCCCGAGGCCACCUUCGUCAAGGAAAUCACGUACCGGGCGUCCAACCUGAAGCCGCCCGGUGAGCAGACGGUGCCGGCGUCCAACCUGCAGAACGCCUUCAGGAUCAUCAAGGAGGUGCAGAAACGCUACAAGACGCGCGAGGCCGAGGAGAAGGAGAAGGAGGGCAUAGUGAAGCAGGACUCCCUGGUGAUCAACCUGAACCGCAGCAACCCCAAGCUCAAGGACCUUUACAUCCGACCCAACAUCGCCCAGAAGAGGAUGCAGGGAGCGCUCGAGGCGCACGUCAACGGGUUCCGUUUCACGUCGGUUCGUGGGGACAAGGUGGACAUUCUGUACAACAACAUCAAACACGCCGUGUUCCAGCCCUGCGACGGGGAGAUGAUCAUCGUGCUCCACUUCCACCUCAAGAACGCCAUCAUGUUCGGGAAGAAGCGUCACACGGACGUGCAGUUCUACACCGAGGUGGGGGAGAUCACCACCGACCUGGGCAAACACCAGCACAUGCACGACAGGGACGACCUCUACGCCGAGCAGAUGGAGCGGGAGAUGCGGCACAAGCUGAAAACGGCCUUCAAGAACUUCAUCGAGAAGGUCGAGGCCCUCACCAAGGAGGAGCUGGAGUUCGAGGUGCCCUUCCGGGAGCUGGGGUUCAACGGAGCCCCGUACCGCAGCACCUGCCUCCUGCAGCCAACCAGCAGCGCCCUCGUCAACUGCACAGAGUGGCCCCCGUUCGUGGUGACCCUGGACGAGGUGGAGCUGAUCCACUUCGAGCGCGUCCAGUUCCACCUGAAGAACUUCGACCUGGUGAUCGUGUACAAGGACUACGCGCGCAAGGUGACCAUGAUCAACGCCAUCCCCGUCGCCUCCCUCGACCCCAUCAAGGAGUGGCUCAACUCGUGUGACCUGAAGUACACGGAGGGCGUCCAGUCCCUCAACUGGACCAAGAUCAUGAAAACCAUCGUCGACGACCCCGAGGGAUUCUUCGAGCAGGGCGGGUGGUCCUUCCUCGAGCCUGAGGGAGAGGGCUCGGAGGCGGAGCCGGGUGACUCAGAGUCGGAGCUGGAGGACGAGACCUUCAACCCCUCUGAGGAGGACGAGGAGGAGGAGGAGGACAGCGACGAGGACUAUUCCUCCGAGGCCGAGGAGUCAGAAUAUUCCAAGGACUCCCUGGGCAGCGAGGAGGAAUCCGGGAAGGACUGGGACGAGCUGGAGGAGGAGGCCCGGAAAGCCGACCGCGAGAGCCAGUACGAGGAGGAGGAGGAGCGCGGCCGCGGCCGGAAGCGGAAGGGACCCCCCGGGAGGGGCCCCCCCCGCCACGGGCCCCCCAAAAAGAAGAGGAAGUAGAGGG